UAAAGUCCAAUAUAUAGUGCUCUCAAUUCUCGUCGAGUUUUGUUUGGCUACGAAGAAACUCAAAGAGAAAAGAAAAAAUUAGGGUUCUUGUUCUGACGUAAUGGCGUUCGCAGGUCGUAUGAGAUCGACUAUCCCACUCGCAUCUAAGCUGGUCAGUUCAGAAUCACUCGCCACUGCCAGUAGAUCGAACCCUCAGAAAGCUCUACUUUCCCCUAUUUUCACCGAUUCUGAGAUCUCCAGGAAUUUCUCAACUGCUACUGAGAAGAAGGAAGUAAAGGUUAAGGUUCCAUUGGCUUUGUUUGGUGGCUGUGGGAACUAUGCCUCUGCUUUAUAUGUGGCAGCAGUAAAGACUAAUGCCUUGGAUAAGGUUGAGUCUGAGCUUAAUGAUAUUGUUGAGGCUACAAAGCAAAGUCCUGUGUUUUCUCAAUUCACCAAGGAUCCAUCAGUUCCUGCAAAGACUCGAGUGGGUGCAAUUGAUGACAUUUGCAUCCAAGCUAAAUUUUCAGAUGUUACAAAGAACUUCUUGGUUACCGUAGCUGCAAAUGGUAGGCUAAGAUACAUUGACAGCAUAGCAAAGAAAUUCGAAGAGUUGACUAUGGCUCACCGAGGAGAAGUGAGAGCUAUUGUGACAACUGUCAUUCCCAUUCCACCUGAGGAGGAGAAAGAGUUGAAAGCUGCAUUGCAAGAUAUCAUUGGCCAUGGGAAGAAGGUUAUUCUUGAACAGAAGAUUGAUACCAGUAUUCUGGGUGGGCUCGUGGUAGAAUUCGAUAGGAAGGUGUUUGACAUGUCUAUUAAGACUAGGGCACGUCAAAUGGAGAGGUUCUUGCGAGAACCGAUAAACAUCGGCAACCUCUAAAUGGUCCGGUCUACCUACAUGAUGAAGGCCAUUCCCUCCACUCAUUUUGCAUCUGUAUCAGUUUCUCUUGAAGCUUGAAGAAAGAGAAUAUUUUUUAUUUUCGGUUCUUUAACCGCUCCCCUCAAAAAUUUGCAAAUAAAAGCUUCAAUUUCACAUUUUCUUUGUCAUUGUUUGAUAAACUAAUGCUGCUCUUACUUUUGAAAAGGCUCCUAAAUUUUCAAUCUUUUCGGAUUGGUUUCUUAGAUAAUUAAAUUAUGUCUCACUAAACCUUAAUACUCUUGUUUGAGAAGCAAAUAAAUACUUAUUAUGAAUACCAUUAAAGGGAUCUAAA